ACCAACUAUCACCACCUUACCUCUCGGUGAUUGUCGUUGCUCACGCUAAGACAGUAGUACAACGAAAUCCAAUUGCUUAUACCAUACAACAAGCGUGAUCUUUAAGAGCGUAGUCAUUGCUGAUAGUAUGAUGACUUUUAGGAAUGGCUCCGAGCGCUAUAGUCACUGUGGUUUCAUCGAUUUGGAAGCGCUCGAAGACAAUAACUCCAUCUCCGACGAUGAAGAAGAGGACACCGACAUCGAUGGUUUGACAGCUGGUUUGUAGCCUUCACCAUUUUGGUUUUGACGUUCUCCAGAUUUCAUCGACGACACGAAUGAUACCACCGAAAUGACCUCAAUGCCAACUUCCAGCCAUCGAAGCGAAGAUCCUACCCCUGAACAAUUGGAGGAAUACGCGUCUGCAGUAAUAGAACGUGCUAGGAAGCGUCGGCGGGUUGAGAGCGACUUGGCUGUGGGUGGCCUCGACUCUGUGGAUUCACUUUGGGUGGUAGGCGCUUCCGGUCCAUUAUGGAGAGUUCGCAUCAAGAAACAUACUCAAGAUCAUCUGGUAUCUCGGCUCAAGCAUUAUAAGACGCCCGACCAUGGUCUCAUCACCGCUUUUGCCCUUCCUGCAAUCCCUCAAUGGGUGUAUCUGGACUGUCAAUACGUGAACUCUGCUCUCCGCCAACUACUUUCCUCUUCUUGUGCCGUCGCUACCGCCAAUGGCCAGCCAAUUUUGGAAGAAGUUCCCGUCGAGGAUUCGGGCCCCAUUCGGACUAUGCAAAAGGGCAAGCCUAACCCUCAAAAAGGCGAUUGGGUUAGGGUUACGAGAGGCCCAUAUCGCAAUGAUGUGGCAUGUGUGCGCGAGAUCUAUGAUUGGGGUGCAGAAGUCCUGGUCAUUCCUCGUUUCUAUGCCCCCGAACACCGGCGCUGCCCUCAGCGAGAAAAAAGACAGCACAGUUCGCAUUCUCUCUGGGAUUCCAACCGAACGCUACACCGGCUAGGAACGAUGAGGCAAAUAUGCCCAAUUACGAAAACCCAGAAACGUCAAAAUAGUGAAUACGACCGUGGUUUGCUCAUCUUGCAGUGUGAAAUUCAGUCUCUGGUGACUGCGAGUACGAUUUCCGCGUCAAUUCUGGGCUUAUUUGUCCAAAGCCAACAUUCGAUUGUGCUGCAGGCCGAAUUACGAGCGCCAUGUCCAAUGGAAUGGCAUUUUCAGGUCGGAGACGAUGUGGAGAUCUCAGGAAAUAGGACAGGUGUAGUGUGCAGCAUUAGCGCUACCGGUGUAGAGGUCAGCCUGGACAAUGGUGCUGGUAUACACCACAUUCCCUUCAGCCGCAUAAUCAAGAGGAUAUCUGUCGGAGAUUUGGUCCUGUGCUUGGAAUCGGAUCGCGAAGGACUGGUCCAGGUGGUAGGUGAAUUUCAUAUAGUGGCACUGGCCAAAGGCCCCAACGGGGAGAUUGAGGAGUUCGAACGCCCUAGGAACUCAGUGUCACGUCAAUGUUCACGUCCUCACGAUUACAGUGAAUAUAUUGCGAAGCCAAAAAUUGUACCACAUGUUGGCUGGAUUGGGAGACGCGUCGUUGUGGGCGCUUACGGCCUUGUCCUUAGGGGAAAGGCGGGUUCGGUUGCAGAUGUAAUCAACGAGGAGGGACGUCCAAUGGCUGUCGUUAUACUGGACGAUGAGCCUGACAUUGCACGCAUGUUUCGUCCUGAAGACCUGACAAUUGAAGGACGAGGUGAACAACUCGACAUUGGUGAAACUUCCAAUGCCCUGGAACAGAUCCAAGGUCCUAUGCGAAGCUCCGGCCAAACACCUUGGAUUGGAGUACAGGUUGGAAUCUUCCACACAGGGCAUCGCCUCAGAUCCAAGAUCGGCACAGUCAGGGAUGUCAUUUGCGGCCAGGACAAUGCAAGCGGACUACGUCUUGUCAUUGUGCUGGAUACCUAUGACCCCGCGACGACAAAUAAAGAGCAUACCGUGGACUAUGAGCAUGUUCUGGAGGUCGAAACGAAGCGUCCUUUGAGAUUGUAUAAGCCGCUUUUGCUCUCGCAAAAUGCUUUUCUUCCUCGACUGUCUUUCAUUCAAUCACGCUAUGAAGAGCGCAUGGAACACAUGACCCGAACCCUGCCGGGCGAUUUCAUCAGAAACAGGGCGACGACACCGCCUCCUAACCUGGAUCCAGCCUGGGAUCCCCGUUCCAAGACACCUCCUCUCCCUGACGGCUCAUCCAUCUCGACAUCUGGUUUCAAUCCGCUUUCUUACGAGCACCACGGCCAUUGGGCUACAGACGGGAGACUGCUAGGCCGUGAAUUGCGUAUCAAGCUCAACGGCAAAGCCAAGACUCUCAUAUUCCGGCAAGGCGCCAAACACGCACCCGUUGAAUGCUACAUUCGCAAAGGCAAGAAGAAAAUAGAGGCAGUCCCUCCGGAGCUGGUUGAAGCGAUCCAUCCUGCCACUCCCCGGAAUUAUGAACGUUGGGUUGUGAUCAAGGGUCGGCACACUGGCAAAUAUGUCCGCUCCAUUCGCUAUGAGAAAGGGGCAACGCCGAAAAUGCCGAUUUGGUGGACAGUAGCCGUAGUCGCUCCUGCGGAGGGCCAGGUAGAUGAGCAGACAGGAGAGGAACUGCACCUAGAAUCCACAGAUCUAUGCCUGGAGGAAGAAAGCGAGUCUUCCAGGGAAACCAACAUGCUGUUCAGCCGAAAGCUACGAGAGGAGGCGCCUCGUCAUUGACACGGAUCAAUUUAUACUGUAAUAUACCGAUUGUAACACCAUACCCUGUAACUUAGUAGAAAUAUUAUUUUAUCAUACGGGUA